CAAUUUCAUACAAGUACAAUUAAUAAACAUCUCCAUUUCUCAUCUGCAUUGCUGAGAGAUUGAGAAAGAAGAAGAGGGAGACAAGAAGAAGAGAGGAAAAGAAAGACAAAGAAAUGGCAAGAGCAAAUAUGAUGGGCUGGGCAAUGUUGGUGGUUGUGGUGAUGGCUUUGUAUGUCGGUAAAGCUGAAGCAUGGCCGUGUGCAUACGAUUGUGCAGUAGAACAUGCAGAAGAACACGGUGGGAGUUGGUCGGAUUACAUCGUCCAAUGUGUGGGAGAAUGUAGAGAACAUUCCCCUCCUCGUCUUUUAUCAAGCAUAGAUGAAGUUAAAGCAUCACCUCAGUUGGCAAAGGCCCUCGAGCUUUUGGCUCAAGCACCCGAGUUACAACAUGAAUUUAUGAGGUUUCAAUUAAAAUCGAUGUGGAGGGUUCCUCAUUCGAAGAAGCCAAUGAAGGAGCGCCUACCUUAAGUAUGCUCUAUGUAAUUCUUGAACGUACCAUGAACUCUGCCAUUUGUAACUAAUAGUUGCUCUCCUGCCCUAAUUUUCUUUUCUUUUUGUUCUCCUUCUUCUUGUACUUGUAUCACAGUGAAAUGAUUUUCACAUUUCAUUUCAUUGUAUAUUAAUAAAGAUUUUUUCUUUCA